AGCUUCAGGUGGAAGAGCUCUACGGAAAAUAUGAAAUUUGCUUUCUUCCCAGUUCGGUGUUCAAAGGCUAAUAUGCCAUCUACACAGAGAAUGCUGAAAUUCCUCAUUACAAUGUCAUUCUUUUUUGGGCACACAAAAGCUUGUGUGACACGUCGAUGUCUGGCUAGUGAUCUGACUAACAAAAACCUGUACAGUGCACCUCAGUCUCCAGAUUGUAUUAUUAAUGUGAACCUCACUUCCAUCCAGUACGAGACACUGUCUGUUAACACAAAGACCAUGCAGUUCUCCAGUCGCAUUAAAAUUACCAUGGAGUGGACUGACCCAGACCUUCAAUGGUCAGUGACAAAUUACUCUUUUAAUGAAAUUAUCUUGCCUGUUCAGAAUAUAUGGACUCCUGAUCUCACUGUGGAGAAUGCAAUAUAUGUGAGUGUAAAACCUGCUACGAAUGAUAUAGUGGUGAAAAGUGAUGGCACUGUAAACUAUGCCAUUGCCAUGUACACCACGGUCGUGUGCAAACUCAACCUCCUCACCUACCCUUUUGUCCAAGGAGCAUGUCCCAUAGCCAUCAAUGGAUGGAACCAAAGCUCUUGUGGGCUUAAUAUCCAGUAUGGCUCAGUAUCUGCAGUGGGAGGUGACGGAUCUGAAUGGAACACUGUGUCAGUGAACCUCAAAAUGGAAAACAGCACAAACAACCAGAACUAUAUCAAUGUCAUUAUGUCCAGCAACCCCUUCAAUGCACUGGUGUCACUGGUCCUGCCUACUGCACUAAUUAUGAUCACCGAUCUGGUGAGUUUUGCGUUGCCUUUGGAUGGGGGAAAACGCAGCUCCUUCAAAAUCACACUGGUGCUCAGCUUUACCAUGUUCCUCGUCAUCCUCACUGACUACCUUCCUAACAGUGGCUCAUGCAGCCCUCUGAUACGUUAUCACUUCUGCUUCUGCAUGUUUGUUCUGGUGCUAAGUAUGCUAAUAUCCAUGGUGUGCACAAAGUUGGCAGCGGAGGGCAACAUUUUCUGUCGACGAUUUCCAAAGCUGAGUAAACAAGAUCAAGCAGGAACACAGUUUGCUGACAUGAUUGCUGAUGGCCAGUCUAUCAAGAAAAUUGUGAAUUUUGUGGAGAAGAUGGACAAACAGAGCAGCGAUAUCAAGUAUAAGAAAUCUUUGGCAGCCAAGUUAGACAAAAUCAGUUUUUUCUCUUAUAUAUGCCUAGAUGUUAUUUACAGUUUAUGCGUGAUUGUUUUUGCUAAAUCAGAUUCUUGUAAGGUUGACAACUUGGAUUUCUGGUAAAAGUACUUCAUUGCAGAUUUCUGCAUUGUAAAUUAUUAAAUUCAAUUAAUUUUAUUUGUAUUAUGCGUUUUAAUGGACAUUGUCCCAAAGCAGCUUUACAAAAUUAAAUAGAUUGCAAAUUACAAUUUGAGCAUAAUAAAUGAAUAAUAAACAUAUGUAUCCCUAAUGAGCAAGACAAAGACAAAGGUCCUUGAACAAUACCGUGAAAUGGUAUUAGAAUAAAACCUAGAGAGGGACUGGAUUUAAGAAGGAACACCUUACCUGAGGGACCUAGAAUGUCCAUUCAUUAUAGUUCCAUCAUUGUUGAUGUUAUCAACUUUUCAUUGAUGGACACUGGAAUGCAAAACUGCUUAUGACAACUGUUCCUGAAGCUCUAAAUCUUUGGAACUAUUAUAAUUUAUCAUAUGCAAAAUCAGUUAAUAUAUACACUCAUAAAUCUAAAGUAAUAGUGGUUAAUGCUACUUACUUACAAUAGAAUCAUACUAUUUACAUAAUAAAUUAUGUUCUCUGGACCAUACGUGUUCUCUUGGCUUGUAAUUGUUCACAUUUAGUAUACAUUCUGGGCGGAUACUUAUAGGUUCUUAUUGAUGAACUAAUUUUAACGGCUGGGAAAGAUUGCUUCCUUACGUGAGAGGGGACAAAUAUAUAUGCAUAUAUAUACACAAAACCAGAAUCCCCCAGAGGUUUGUAAAGCACAGUAGUGGAAAUCACAACCCAUUAUACGUUAUUUACGAUUAUUAUUUACUUCUUAUCAUUUUUAGCAUUUAUGACUGGUCAAUUAAAUUUAAUGUGUUUUAUCCAAAUCUUAAUAGUUCAAAGGCAUAUUAGUCUAUAGAUAAUAUUGAAACCUAAUUUAUUUUAAUUUGUUAAUGAAUAAUAUGUCAUGCUUUUCAGCAGUUUAUACAGUUACUAUACAUUAUGUACUAUAAUGAACAGUAGAAGUAGCAAUAAAAUGUUGCUCACACAGCAGCACACUGUUUUACAAGUUGUAAAAAACAGCAACUUGAAGAAAUCAGAAACUCCUCUGUCUUUAAGGUUUAGUGUGGGGAUGUUGUAACUGUCAACUGUUAAGAUUUUGGGCUACUAAUUAGAAGGGUGGAAGUUUAAGCCGCAGUUUGAACAAAAUGUUUCUGUUGGUCUCUUAAACAAGUUCCUUAAUCCUCUCUGCUCCAGGACCACUGCAUGGUGGCUGACCCUGUGCUCUUACCCUUUUUCAUGUUAAGAAAUUUGAUUUUACUGUGCUUAAUGAAUAUGUGACAAGUAAAAGCACACAAACUUUUGUGUGCAUGGUGUGCAAAGAGUUUGAGUUAUAAGUGAGGUUUGUCACUCAUUAGGUUAUGUUAUUUAAUGUCUGCUGACCUGAAGACUCUCAUAGUGGAAAAAUUCCUGAUUAUUAGAAAGCACUGACACUGAAUCCUACUUCUUAAAUGUUAAAUAAAUAAAGGUCUCAGCUGACGUUUAUUUUCAAAAUGUACAUUCUAAGUUUUUGAUUUAUACUUUGUAAAGGAUUCAUUGUAUCCCAUGUAACAUCUUUGUUUUUUGAAUGAAGAACAGCCUCUGUG